CCUAAUUAUACGUCCAACAACGUCACCUCCACCACCACCACCACCACCUCCUCAUCCUCUGAGAAUCAGUCCCCCCUGAGAGUUGAUGGAUGCAAGAAACGCUUUAGUCUUCAUGGGAGAGAUGAUCAGCUCAUCUAAGAAGAAAAACAAGAUGGAAGAAACUGAAGAAGGCAGCUCAAAAUGGACUGAUCUUCCAGAUCACAUCAAUGGUUUGAUAGCUGAUCGUCUUGCCUUCCCAGAUAUUUUCCGAUUCGGUUCUGUUUGUCCGUCAUGGAGAUCAAUCUCAUACGAAACCAGGAGGCGUCGCAGCCUCUCUUCUAAACCCUACAAUCCAUUAGUUUUGUUCGAAUACAAUCUGAGGAGAGGAACUUUCGGAUUCUUCAGCUUUGAAGAUAACAAAGUUUACUGGAUAAAUCUCAAAGGAGCUCCAGCCAUACAAUGCGUAGGAUGCUCACAAGGUUGGUUAGUUAUGGUGGCGCCGCUCGGCACAUUAAGCUAUGCAUGGAAUCCCUUCACCGGAGAUCGAAUCACCUUUCAAACCAUCCAUAAUGUGACUGCGUUUGAAGACUUAUCAAAGGUGAUGUUCCUUUCAAACCCAUUCGAUAUCGAUUCGAAGAAGUUAAACAAUAACUGUAUCGUAGUUGAUUUGAACUCAACCGAGCUGAAGAUAUGUAAGCUCGGAGAGAGGGCUUGUACUGUCCUGAAAUUGAAUGGACAUGGACUGUUCAUAGGUAGUCUUAUGCUUUUUAAGGGAGAGAUUUAUGCAGUGACUGCAAAGGGAGAGUUAUGGAUCAUCAACUUGGUAGGUUUUAAACCUAGUUUUAGAAAAUGCGAAAUUUCUUUCGACGUAAAUGUUCCGAAUGCUCAUGAAUAUCAGGUAGAAUGUUACCUGGUAGAAUAUGAAGAGAAGUUGUUAUUGGUUAUAAGGUUCAAGAGGAGAUUGAUUAGAAGAACAGUCAGAUUUAUGAUUUACAGUUUAACAGAAACUUAUCCUAAGGAUCCUAAGGGUAAUGUUUCGAAAAAUGCUGUAUAUAUAGGGAAAGAAGUGCCCUUUCUAGCUGGUGAUCAAGCUUUGAUCAUAGGGAGAUUCUGUUGCAAAUCUAUGUCAACUACGGAAUGUCAAUGGCUGCAAGGGAACUCUAUUUACUUCACUGAUGAUAGAAUUCUAAGUUCUAUGGUUCCUGAAUAUCCAGAGAAGGGUAUUUACAAUCUUAAGACUGGGCUAAUUACUCCUUAUCUCCCAUUUGAUUUGCAUCCAUUUAACAUGCCUCACAUUUGGAUCACUCCAUCAAUUUGAAAAGUGCGAGAUCUAGAUCCAGAGUGGGUAAGUUCUUCCUUUAUUCAGAUCGUCAAAGGCAUCAUGGAUGAGGUGCAAAGGCGUGGUCCAGGAAAGAGAGAUAGAAUAAAAUCGCGCCUAGACUAGCAAAGGUGUUCCAAGCUGACAUCACGGUCCCAAGAUGGCGAGUCAAGGGAGUGGGGAGAUAUCUUGGCUGCCGCCAAGGGAUGGAUGGUGGAAAUUAAAUUGUGAUGGGUCAUCUCUGGAUAAUCCAGGAAGAGCAAGGGCCAAUGGAAUUAUAAGAGACAGUAAUGCGCAGAUGGUCUUGUACUACAACUCUUUCUUAGGGAAUGCAACUAGCUUCCAAGCUGAAUUUUAUUCGUUGUUUGAAGGUAUCGAAAGAGCGAGAGAGAUGAACUGUAAGUCUUUGUGGGUUAAAUGUGAUUCGGUAUCAGGGGUUAUGAUGGUGCAAAGGGGUUUGGUGCCAUGGUUUGUCUGGCAGAAGUGGGCGCUUCUCUCUUUUCUCAAGAGUAUCCGCUGGAAAAUUACUCAUUGCUAUCGGGAAGCAAAUCCCAUAGUGGAUUUUCUUGCAAAUACGGCAGCCAAGAAGGAAGCAACUUCACCAAUUUUGAUGUGGCCUUCGGAGAUAUUACAAUAUUUUCUGGAUGAUGUGAUGGGCAUGUCGCGUUAUAGAUUCUACUAGUGUAAUUUUACUUUCAUGAUGCCUCAUCCUCCUCCUUGUUGAUGGCAAUGCCGAAGGUGGGGAAGAGUUCUGGGACUACAUUGGUUGUUUCUCUUCUUCUCUGUUCUUUUAUUUAUUUCCCCGGUGUUUAGGGUUCAUUGUACAAUUUUCACUCUCUUAUUAAUAUACAUGAUCUUUUAGAGAAAAAAAAAAUCUAGAUCCAAAGGAAUUCCCAAGGGCUUUUUUUAGGCAUUGUUGUGAGGUGGUAGCUGAUAACGUCUAUAAUGUAAUCAAAUAUUUUUUUUUGGUCGAGAUGCGUGCCAAAAGGAGUUAAUAAUAAUUCUUUUUUAUUUUGAUCCUAAAGACAGAGGGAGUUGUGAUGCUGGACAAGUUCAGGCCCCUUUGUAUGGGGAAUUACUUCUGUAAAAUUUUACAAAAAAUCAUGGCAACAACAUUGCCGUAUCUUCUCCCUGAACUUAUCUCUGAAGAACAGAGGGGCUUUCAGAUUGGAAAGGUUAUCCAUACCAAAUUAGUUUGACAUCGAAAUUGGCGAUCAUAAUGUUCUCAACAACUCAAGGAGGAGGAAUGGGGAUUAAAAUAGACAUUUAGAAAGCUUAUGACACACUUUCUUGGAAUUUUCUAUUUCAUAUAGUGAGAAGAAUUGGAUUUUCAAAAAAUUGGAUAAACAGGGUGUGUCAGAUCUUAGCCACUUCGAGAAUAUCUAUUCUCUUCAAUAGUGGUUCGGAGGGGUUUUUUU